GAAGCCCCUUUUGAUCUCCUUAGGCAUAUGCAGUAAAUUUCAGUCGUCGGGGUUAUAUGCACGUCUCACAGUGCAGAUAUAAUUCGUAGAUACAGCAAACAUGCCUGUGAGAAUGGUGGAGUCUCCAGCACCUUCUAAUUCUUCGGGUGCAAAUCCUGGACAAACUUCUCUACAACCUUGCUCCCUUCUAAGUGUUGGACAGGCUUUUUCAGGAACUCAAAAUGUUUCGAGUCCACAAAAAGAGGAAGCUUGGAGAGUUAACGUGCGAAUCCAAGGCUGUGACCUCAAUCAUGGAUAUCUGUGUGGCACAAUGGAAGCUCUAAAUGUUCCAAUGGCAGAUACACCAGUAGUUACUUUUUGGGAGGGAGAAAUCGUUGAUACCAAGAAUUACACAUUUUUUACUAACAAAUGGAAAGCAACGUCAGAAGUCGACAUAGAACACUGGACAAAAUUUCCUUCAUUCUCGCCUCUUUUAAGCCAAGUUGAGGUUGAUGGUGGGAAGUCAUUGGACCUCAGCAACUAUCAAUAUAUAUUUAUGAGAUGGAAAGAACAAUACUUUGUUAAUGUUGGAGCUGAUUGUGGGUUGACAAUUGCUGGCUUUUACUAUGUUUGUUUCUCUUGUGUGGAUGGCUCGAUCAACGGCUACUAUUACGAUCCAAAUAGCAGCCCGUUCCAGAAGCUUGAGCUAAAGACAACGAAUGAAGGAAGAUCGGGUUUCAGCUUCUCUUCCUAUGAGCUGCAAUGAGAGUCGGUUGUUUGUUUCAUAACACAAACCAAAAACGACGAUUGAUGCUGAAAUUGGUGUACCGAUCUUUCUUUCGCUGCUAAAAUGGUAGGUUUUCAACCUCAAAUAUAAGAUGGAACAUAUUGAUGGGAAAUGAUCUAGGGAAGUCGACUAUAAUGAACUUGGAAAAUUGAAAUCCGUUGCGUGUUCAUUUCUCGAACAAAAUGUAUUUGUUAGAUGUGAAAAAUCAAUCCUGUAUCUUGAUACGAUCUAACAGAUUAUAUCAUACAUUGUGAAGCUAUAUUUAUGAAUUCAAUGGUAUGAAAGAU